GGCGCCGCGUCGGGCGGGCGGAGCGGAGCGGCCAUGGCGUACCAGGGCUUCGCGCAGGAGUACCUGGGCAUGCCGGCCGUGACCCGCGCCUACACCACCGCCUGCGUGCUCACCACCGCCGCCGUGCAGCUGGAGUUCAUCACCCCCUUCCAGCUGUACUUCAACCCCGACCUCAUCUUCAGGAAAUUCCAGAUAUGGAGGCUGAUCACCAACUUCCUAUUUUUUGGGCCCCUGGGAUUCAGUUUCUUUUUCAACAUGAUAUUUCUGUACAGGUACUGCCGCAUGCUAGAAGAAGGCUCCUUCCGUGGAAGGACGGCUGACUUUGUCUUCAUGUUCCUCUUUGGAGGGUUUCUCAUGACACUGUUUGGACUCUUUGCCAGCCUGUUUUUCCUGGGCCAGGCUUUCACCAUCAUGCUGGUGUACGUAUGGAGUCGCAGGAACCCUUACAUCCGCAUGAACUUUUUUGGGCUUCUUAACUUCCAAGCCCCCUUCCUGCCCUGGGUCCUGAUGGGAUUCUCUCUGCUGCUAGGCAACUCCAUCAUCAUUGAUUUGCUGGGGAUUGCAGUGGGCCAUAUCUAUUAUUUCUUGGAAGAUGUUUUCCCCAACCAGCCAGGAGGAAAGAAGUUGCUGUUAACCCCUAGCUUUCUGAAGAUGGUUUUUGACACACCUGAAGAGGAUCCCAAUUACAACCCUCUCCCUGAGGAUCGUCCAGAACACCAGCCUAGAGACCAAGACCAGAACGAGCAGCAGCACCCACAGUAACAUGGGGGACUUCUUCAUGUAGCCAGAGUCCUCUCUUCUGGCUGGACUUUUGCUGUGGCCCAGAGAUCCUACUGGAAUAACACCAGUUGCCAUUCUGAUGUGUAGUGUGUCGCUGUUUGUGUGGGUAACCCAUCUUCCCCUUGUACAAAGUGGAUCCACAGAGCUUUGCACACAAGAACUGCUGAAUGCUUUACAGAGCUGUUCUAGGGCCAGGGGCUGAAGCUGUGAUGGCUCCUCAGUUACCUGGUGUGGAAUAAGUACCAAAUGGGGUGUUGAACCAGUUCAUCCUUCUCCUGCUAUUAAUGACUUGCUGUGUGCCAGGUCACUCUUGCCCUCUCUACAAAGACUCACGCACCUGGCCCUCACUGUUGUGGGACCUCUUUGUGGGCUUUCAGUGAAGUAGUUCUGUCCCAUGGUAGAAUGCAGCUCAGCCUCUUUCUUUCCUUUAUAUCCCCCACUCCUUUUCUGGUGGUUAUUUCCAAAGAGUCUUUACAUUAAAGUCUUUAUUUUUCA